AUGGUACAUAUAGUGAAGCGGAUGAGAAAACUACGAGCGCUGCUCGGAAUAAGAUUAGGGCCUGGCGCGGCUGAGCUGCCUCCCGAUGUGAAGAGGAUACACUUGGACUUCGCGACUAAAUUCAACGAUGGGCAUCUUGGGCCGAGGAAAUUCUGGCGGCAUUAUCUUCCCCGGCUGAAAUACCAUAAUCCGGCAGUGUCUAUGACUAUCAACAGGACGCACAACCAGAGUGGAAGUGCAACCAUGACAAUCUUUUUUGCCGAUUCGUCGAAGGACGGCUCACCUCCUACUGCGGCAACCUCGACAACAACAUCUGGGCUGCCUUCGGACCAUAUCCCUUUUGACCGGACGGAAACUGUUGAGAUGAAACACAGACACGAGUCGCAAAUAUUAUCGGAAUUGGUGAAGCUCACAAAAGCACGCAAGAUCGAAGCGACCGCCGAAGAAAAAGAACAGCUGAAACAGGUUCAGGAGGACCGCCGUCAGAGUGAGAAGAGUUCGCAAAGAGCUGCUGUGAUCAACGCCCAGAGGAAACAAAAAGAGGAAAUGUUGCGGCAGGCUCGCGCCGCUGCAGAGGCGCAGGAUGUUUAAUUUUCUUUCUGUUUCCACAAGCUCGGAUUACCGUCCUACACUAUUUCCUGUAUUAUAUUUGACUACCCCGAGCGAUCAUAUUUGAGUUGCGUUCAAAAUCGUAAAGAAAUAAAUUAACUUUUCUGCAUCAUCAAUUCACCAGGCCU